ACCUUAAUUAUGAUAAUUGUUGAUAUAUAAUGUCUUGAAAAUAUUUCUUAUUUGAGCUUUUAUUGUUUGGUCAGUGCUGUCAUUUUAUUAUUUAUUUACUAUAGAGCUAUAAUGUUUAUGUCAACACUGAAAAAAUUACUAGAAUAAUGUUUUAGCAUUCUUCUUACAGGAGACUACGUGGGAGAAGUCGAAGUUCCCUUACUCUGCCCUCGCCUCUCCUGUCCAGUGAAGCCAGGGUUCCCUUGAGCGAGGAGCCUCCCAUAUUGAGACCCAAGGGAAGGCACAUGCUGUCACUCAGCUUCUAGAAAUUUUGCAGUACAGAUAGUGUAUAAAUCCAUAAGGCCAACAAUGAGUAUUCUCCCCGACCAGAUUCCUUUGGCCCCACUCAUGGACAAGGAAAUAUUUGGCACAGGAGUCCGUAUCAAAGAAGAACUCAGUGAAGGUGUCACCGAAGAAAUAAAGAUGGAAAUUAAGGAAGAAGUGUAUGAUCAUGCAGAUGAAGUGAGUGAAGUGAAAGUGAAAAAUGAAUUUCUUUCCUUCAGGGAUCUUCAAGACCUUGAAAAUGAAGCAAAUGUAAAAGUCUCAUGUGAUAUUAUUGAGGAUUGCAAUACAUUUUUGAGAGUACCAAUUGUGACCGAGGUGAAGGAGAAAAAAUAUUUAUCAGAAGAGGAUCAGAGGAUCAGAGGACACACAAAAGAGAAGCCAUACAGCUGUGAAAUUUGCAGCAAAGCAUUCACUUUGAAAUGUCAUCUAGUAGUACACUUGAGAGUACAUACAAAGGAGAAACCAUAUAUCUGUGACAUUUGCUAUAAAGACUUCUCAUAUAAAUCUGAAUUUGUGAGACACAUAAGAGUACAUACAAAGGAGAAACCAUUUUCUGUGACAUUUGCUAUAAAGACUUCUCAUAUAAAUCUGACUUAG